CGAUGCGGAACUGGGCGGGCGGCGCAGAGCGGCGGCGGCGGCGGCGCAGAUUGGACUUGCCAGACAGCUSCAAGCAGAUUGUCUUCCCCACGGCAGCGAUCACGGCUGGCAGGAUAACUGACCACUGGAUCAAUGAACAGAAAUUCCCUGAGAUGACAUAGGGAGGGGCAUCAAGGACAAUGGUGCAGAAAAAGAAAAUCUGCUCUCGGCUACUUGACUAUCUUGUGAUCAUUGGAGCCAGGCACCCAAGCAGCGAUAGUGUUGCUCAGACUCCUGAGCUGCUGCGACGUUACCCUCUGGAAGACCAUGCAGACUUUCCUCUCCCACCCGAUGUUGUGUUCUUCUGCCAGCCAGAAGGGUGCCUGAGCGUGCGRCAAAAGCGCAUGAGCUUCCGGGAUGACACUUCCUUCGUGUUCACCCUCACAGACAAGGAUACAGGGGUCACUCGCUAUGGAAUCUGUGUCAACUUCUACCGCUCCUUCCAGAAGCGAGUGCCCAAAGAGAAGGGAGAAGGCACAGGGGCACAUCGAGCUCGGGAGGGACAGAAGAUCCCUAAAUCUGGGGAUGCACCAGCACCCCAAGAGGAAGCGGGCACYGAGAGUUCCGAGAGCGGCUCUUCACUGCAGGCUCCCAGUGCAGAGUCUACGCCCGACGUGAAUCGAUCCCCGCGCAAUAAGCGCCUGGCCAAAGGCAGCCAUCGCUCUCGGAACAGCACCCUGACUUCUCUGUGCAUCCUUAGUCAUUAUCCCUUCUUUUCCACCUUUCGUGARUGUCUCUACACCCUCAAGAGACUUGUGGACUGCUGUAGUGAGAGACUGUUGGGCAAGAAGUUGGGGAUUCCUCGUGGGGUGCAGAGGGAUACAAUGUGGCGGAUUUUCACGGGCUCCCUCCUGGUGGAGGAAAAGUCUAGCGCGUUGCUUCAUGACUUGCGGGAGAUUGAAGCUUGGAUAUACCGGCUGCUCCGCUCACCGAUGCCCGUUGCUGGGCAGAAGCGAGUGGAUGUGGAAGUCUUGCCACAUGAGUUGCAGCCAGCUUUGACCUUUGCUCUUCCUGAUCCAUCCCGCUUCACUUUGGUGGAUUUUCCAUUACAUCUGCCUUUGGAGUUAUUGGGAGUGGAUGCCUGCCUACAGGUGCUGACCUGCAUUCUUCUGGAGCACAAGGUUGUAUUGCAGUCCCGAGAUUAUAAUGCACUUUCAAUGUCUGUGAUGGCCUUUGUGGCCAUGAUCUACCCGUUAGAGUACAUGUUCCCAGUGAUCCCUCUGCUUCCCACCUGCAUGGCCUCUGCAGAACAGUUGCUUCUAGCCCCUACACCUUAUAUCAUUGGUGUUCCAGCAAGUUUUUUCCUUUACAAACUGGAUUUUAAAAUGCCUGAUGAUGUAUGGCUUAUUGACCUGGAUACCAAUAGGGUGAUUGUUCCCACAAAUGCAGAAUCUUUGCCAGCAUURCCAGAACCAGAAGCUUCAGAGCUGAAAAAGCAUCUGAAACAGGCCCUGGCCAGCAUGAGUCUGAAUACUCAGCCCAUUCUUAACCUAGAGAAGUUUCAAGAGGGGCAAGAGGUGCCACUGCUGCUGGGAAGACCACAGAAUGAUUUGCAGUCUACUCCCUCCACAGAAUUCAAUCCUUUGAUCUAUGGAAAUGAUGUGGACUCUGUCGAUGUGGCUACCAGGGUUGCUAUGGUGAGAUUCUUCAACUCACCAAAUGUUUUGCAAGGCUUCCAAAUGCAUACUCGCACUCUUCGUCUCUUCCCACGACCAGUGGUGGCCUUCCAGGCAAAUUCUUUUCUUGCCUCUAGGCCGAAGCAAACACCUUUUGCAGAUAAGCUUUCCAGAACACAGGCAGUAGAAUACUUUGGUGAAUGGUCACUCAACCCUACUAACUAUGCUUUCCAAAGAAUUCAUAACAACAUGUUUGACCCAGCCCUAAUUGGUGACAAACCCAAGUGGUAUGCUCACCAGCUGCAGCCCAUCCACUAUCGAGUCUAUGACAGCAAUUCACAGCUGGCUGAAGCCCUGAAUGUCCCAGCAGAGAAAGAAACAGACUCUGAUCCCACUGAUGACAGUGGCAGUGACAGUGUCGACUACGAUGAUUCAAGUUCUUCCUACUCCUCCCUUGGUGACUUUGUCAGUGAGAUGAUGAAAUGUGACAUUAAUGGUGAUACCCCAAAUGUUGACCCCCUGACUCAUGCAGCCCUUGGUGAUGCUAGUGAAGUGGAAUUUGAUGAUUUUCAAGAAUAUUCAGGGGAUCCUGAUGAACAGCCCAUGGACAGUGAGAACUCCCAAGAGAAUAACCAGCCUCGUUCAAGUUCCAGUACUACAGCCAGUAGCAGCCCCAGCACUGUCAUCCAUGGAGUGAAUCAUGAGGCAGCAGACUCAGCAGAAAUAGAAGAGAAGUUGGCUGCUGGAUUUUCAAACCAUCUSUCUUCCUUGCCACUGCAACCAAGCUUUCCCAAGAUAAGCUUGGAUCGUCGCGAGAGUGACAUCGCAGCUGGCAGUGUGAGCUCCUCAGAAGGGGUGGUGAGGAAGCGAGAGUAUGACAAUCCAUACUUUGAACCACAGUAUGGUUUUCCGACAGAGGAUGAAGAUGAUGAGCAGGAAGAGAGCUAYACCCCAAGAUUUAACCAGAAUCUCAAUGGAAGCAGGUCUCAGAAGUUACUCCGGCCAAACAGUUUAAAACUGGCCAGUGAUUCUGAUGCAGAUUCAGAUUCCAGGGCCAGCUCCCCAAACUCUACUGUCUCCAACAACAGCAGCGAAGGUUUUGGGGGCAUCAUGUCUUUUGCAAGCAGCCUGUACAGAAACCACAGCACAAGUUUCAGUCUGUCCAACUUAGCCCUACCAACCAAAGUUGGGAGAGACAAGAAUACUCCCUUUCCCAGCCUGAAAGUAUUUGGGUUAAAUACUAUAAUGGAGAUUAUUACUGAAGCUGGCCCAGUAAGCAAUGAAGGAAACAGACGGGCCCUUGUUGAUCAGAAGUCUUCAGUCAUAAAGCACAGCCCAACAGUGAAAAGAGAAUCUCCAUCACCUCAGGGACGAACUAGCAAUUCCAGUGAGAACCAGCAGUUCCUGAAGGAGGUGGUACACAAUGUUCUUGAUGGGCAAGGUGUUGGCUGGCUGAACAUGAAGAGAGUGCGACGUCUGCUGGAGAGCGAGCAGCUGCGUGUGUUCGUGCUGAGCAAGCUGAAUCGCGCCAUCCAGUCCGAAGAAGAUGCUCGACAGGAUGUCAUACAGGAUGUGGAGAUCAGCCGCAAGGUUUAUAAAGGCAUGCUGGACCUGCUGAAGUGCACUGUGUUAAGCCUGGAGCAGUCAUAUGCAAAUGCUGGCCUGGGAGGCAUGGCCAGUGUUUUUGGCCUGCUAGAGAUAGCACACACUCACUAUUAUAAUAAAGAACCAGAAAAGAGAAAACGAAGUCCCACAGAUGGAUCGGUCACUCCAGUUGGCAAGGAUCCUGCAUCAUCCCCAAGAGUGGAGCCAAAACCUGCAAUGCAGCUGCCAGUACCUCAUCUAAUGCCAAAGCCACCGAGCCCUGCAGGCAAAGGGCUGAGGGAGUUUGACACAAGAAGUCUAAAGGAAGAAAAUUUUAUUGCUUCCAUUGAAUUGUGGAACAAGCACCAGGAAGUGAAAAAGCAAAAAUCUUUGGAAAAAACGAGACCAGAAGGUGUGAAACAAUUUGAUUUGGGAGAAACAGAUGAGAAGAAAUCCCAAAUCAGUGCAGACAGUGGCCUUAGUUUGGCCUCAGGUUCUCAGAAGAGUGAUUUUGACUCUAUUCCCAGUGGAGGACCUACAGUUAUGGUCCGAAGUACAAGCCAGGAUUCUGAAGUCAGCACUGUGGUUAGUAACAGUUCUGGAGAAACAUUGGGAGCAGACAGUGACUUGAGCAGCAAUGCUGGUGAUGGCCCGAGUGUGGAAAAUGGUGGCAAUUUGGCAGGAUCCAGAGGCACUGUGUCAGACAGUGAAAUUGAGACAAACUCUGCUACUAGCUCUAUCUUUGCCAAGUCUCACAACCUGAAGCAGAGUGUGAAGGAUAGCAAAGGGAGUACUCCAGGGAGAGGUCCAGAGGAUGGCAGCCAGCGUGUCUAUCUCUAUGAAGGACUUUUGGGUAGGGAUAAAGGAUCUGUCUGGGACCAGUUAGAGGAUGCUGCAAUGGAAACCUUCUCUCUGAGCAAAGAGCGUUCAACUUUGUGGGACCAGAUGCAGUUCUGGGAAGACGCUUUUUUGGAUGCUGUGAUGUUAGAAAGAGAAGGAAUGGGGAUGGACCAGGGACCUCAGGAAAUGAUUGACAGGUAUCUUUCCCUGGGAGAACAUGAUCGAAAGCGUUUGGAGGAUGAUGAGGAUCGCUUAUUGGCUACACUGCUGCAUAAUAUGAUUGCUUAUAUGCUUAUGAUAAAGGUGAACAAGAAUGAUAUUAGGAAAAAGGUGCGUCGUCUAAUGGGAAAAUCACAUAUUGGAUUGGUGCACAGCCAGCAAAUAAAUGAUAUUCUAGACAAACUUGCCAAUCUGAAUGGACGGGAGCUCCCUGUGAGACCCAGUGGCAGCCGCCACAUCAAGAAGCAGACUUUUGUAGUACAUGCUGGGACAGACACAACAGGAGACAUAUUUUUCAUGGAGGUAUGUGAUGAUUGUAUUGUGCUGAGAAGCAACAUUGGAACUGUGUAUGAACGCUGGUGGUAUGAGAAACUCAUCAACAUGACUUACUGUCCCAAAACAAAAGUGCUGUGCCUCUGGCGCAGGAAUGGUCAGGAGACACAGCUGAACAAGUUCUACACAAAGAAGUGUCGGGAACUGUAUUACUGUGUAAAAGACAGUAUGGAGCGAGCAGCAGCAAGACAGCAAAGCAUUAAACCAGGUCCUGAGUUGGGUGGUGAGUUCCCUGUGCAGGAUAUGAAAACCGGUGAAGGAGGUCUUCUUCAAGUCACACUGGAAGGAAUUAACCUGAAGUUUAUGCACAGUCAGGUUUUCAUAGAGCUGAAUCACAUAAAAAAGUGCAAUACUGUGCGAGGAGUCUUUGUCCUGGAGGAAUUUGUUCCUGAAACUAAAGAAGUGGUGAGCCACAAGUACAAGACRCCAAUGGCUCAUGAGAUCUGCUACUCCGUGCUGUGUCUCUUCUCUUAUGUGGCUGCAAUUCGUGGAAAAGAGGCAGAAAACAAAAGCAAACCACCUCGACCAGUUUCCAGUUGAUCAUCAUAUUUGGCAAUUCCUACCUUUUGGCACACUGAAAUGCAGUACUCCCAGUUUUACUGCAGUCACUGGAGCUCACUUUCUGUCUUUUAUGAGAACUUGAUUAUUUAUGUAUGACCCUGCAAGUGUUUCCCCAUAGAAAAACCUAAGCCUUCCCUGUUCAGUCUCCUUCUGAAUUCAUCCUUAAUGGAGUUUUUAAAUGAGCUUUUAAUCAGACAGUUUUGAGCAUCUGCGUCCAGCUGUGAGUGACUUACUCUGGACAUUCCUUUGGAAUUCCGUUUUUGUUAAGAUGACUAACAACUUGAGUUCRGUUGGUUUUUGUUCUAGUGGUACUUGUUACAAUUUAAUCAAUUUACAACUGCAGACUUCUGCUUUCAGAUUCUCUGGUAUGUGCACAGUGGAAGCAGUCUGGUCCUGUAUGUUGUUUAAAUGUUGUGUUUUUGUUGUUUUCCUUCUGUGUUGUUCAUUUUUAAUUACUGACACGGAGUUCUUGUCACAUAGUUCUACAGUCCCUUUUGGUAGAGAUGAACAAUYUAGCUGUCAUAAUCUUAAAAUAUCAUGUGACAGUUGAAGUUUGGUCAUUUAAUCAGUCCAUCUGUGGAGGUUACAGCUUCUCAGGUGGGAAAAGAAGUGGAGAGAGGAACUUUGAAGGURGUAUAUUGUGAAAAACCUCAACACUUCAUGGUUUGUGUGGAUUUUCAAAUGGGAGUUCAGGUAACAUUUGUAGCUGCCCCAGCAGUAGAGUUAACAGAUGCAGAUAAGCACUCCCUAAAGUAGUUAAUCACAGGGAUUAGAAAAUGAAUAAGGCUGUGUAAAACUUGGAAACAUUAUUGGCAGAAGCACAGUACAAAAACCUGCAGAACAUGUUCAGAAGCCUGAAGGAUUUUGCUGUCUCCAAAUUUUUUUUAACUAUUGCUUUUUUUUUUUUUUCAAGCUGUACCUGUAUAUGAAGGGACCUGAAAAUAUUGUGUUUAUGUAUAAUGAAACUCAUGUAGUUAAAACUAUCCAUCACAUUCCUUAUUUUCAAUAGGCUGAAUAUGAAUGGGUUUUUUUGCAUCCUGUUUUUGUUUUUGAACUGUACUGCACUUGUCUGGAAAGCUCUUAGGAUGCUGGAAGGUGAGACUGUCUAGAGAAAAUAAUGUUACAUGUAAAAUACCAGGAAAAAUUGCUCUGAUACCAACGGAUAUAUUGUAGGUUUUGACAUAGAACUCUGACUAAAUGCACCCAGUAAUAACCCUGUUUUGGUUUGGUCAGGGUAUCUAYCAUUUUAAAUGGAAUAUACUAGUAUGGGUGAGGAAAUUAUGUAAAUAUUAUAGUAUCACAUCUAUUUAUAGAAACUGUACAGCUCUCUGAAUGUGAAAAUAAAAUGUCAUUCAACCAGCAACCAGUUUUCAUCCUCCUGUGCCUUUCUAUCAUUUGUUAUUCUGAAACAAAUGUAAUUAUAUACAAAAUACACCAUA